AUGGCGCUGUCUCCAACCCUACCGCACCAGCUUCUGUGCGACGAGUCGACCACAAGGCCGCGUCUGGCACAUCCGACAAAGCCGAGGGCUCUCCUCCAACGCAGGGCCGGCGAUGGGCGGCCUGGCCGCAGCCACCGCCCAUUGGCGCAAGGCCGCAGCCUGGUCCCUGCGGCAGUGGCUAUGUGGAGGACUGCGCUUCGUUCUCGUCGUCAGAAGCGGAGGCAUUCGCGCUGCGCUGCAAGAUGCAGUCCGUCAGACAAUGCCGAGUCAGACGAAGCGGACGAAGAGGCUAUCGCAACUGGCGUCCCGCGCCUUCCGCUCGAAACAUGGCUGCAAAACCCCGAGGUCCAGCUACAUCAAGACUUGGCGAAGGACAUUGAAGACAAGUUCGGCAGUGUUCCUCAACAGGCCAACGAGGUGGUGCAGGAUGUCGUGAUGCGCAUCCAGUCAGGUGCACAACAAUGUGUCGCGCCAACAGCCACAGCGCAUCCCUUCGGCUCAACGGUAAACGGAUUCGGCGAGGAAUCUUCUGACCUAGAUGUGCUUGUGGCCAUUGAUGAAGAGGAGCUCACCUACUACAUGAGCUAUGCCAGCUUCCAGAGUCGGUGCGAAAGGCUGGGCAGCCCUCUGCUUUCUGAAGGCGCGCUGUCUGACUUUGUCCAGCCGUCCUUGCUGCUAAAGGCGGUGACGCCCAAAAUCGCGAUGACGCAUGCCGUUCAACAGCUGGCGGAAUUCUUGCCAGAACUGGGCUUCAAAGUAAGCCAACUUAUCCCUCGAGCUCGAAAGCCUCUGGUCACGUUGGAAGACACGCAGAGCACCCUGACGGAGGUAGAUGUUUCCAUAAACAACAGCCUUCCGCUGUACAACUCACAGCUGCUACGGGCGUACUCGGAGCUGGAUCCGCGGGUGCGACCCCUGGUCUUGUUGGUCAAGGUCUGGGCUAAGGGCAAAAAGGUGUGUGGCGCACAAGGGGGCAACCUGUCCUCGUACUCUUGGACGAUCAUGGUCUUGUACUUCCUACAACUGGUGGGGCUGCUCCCAUCUCUCCAGCUGCUCUCCAAAGAAGAAAGGAUGCUGGAGACGAGGGACUACUGGGGCAACGAGAGAUCAUUCCAGGUUGGCUUUCUCACCGCUGAGGAAUACCAGAAAGACGUCGCAGACGGAAAGAUAGCUGCGCCCACUGGAGAGGCCGGCCUAUCUUUGGCCGAGCUUUUCUACGGGUUCAUACACUUCUACUCCAAAGAGUACAACUGGGGCUCUGAGGUGGUUUCUGUUCAGAAGCCCGACCGCAAGGACAGAGGUCCAUGGUUCCUUCUCUUCGGCAAGGGUCAACCGGAGCCGUGCAUACAUGUGGAGGAUCCUAUCGAGUUCCGCGACCUGAACAUCGUCAUGCUGAGAGAGCGUCUCGCGCAGCUUAAGGAGGAGUUCGAACAUGCGCGGGAGAUGCUCUCUGAGGGCUGCAGCCUUCAGGAGCUCCUGGACCGUGAGCCCCGCCCGGAAGUGAUGUUGGUGCCUCGCCGCCGAAAGCUGAGGAGGAACAACAGGAAGAGGUCCGUUCCCCUACCGCGGCUGCCGGAGUUUAAUUAG